AUGAUUUUUUUUUGUUUUUUGUCCUGUUUUUUCAAAUUUUGCAUUGAAAAAAAAUUAUUAAAUACCGUCCCAAAAACCCAGCCCAAUU